CCAAACUGGAAAUGGCCAUCAAAUAAACGACGCAUGCGCUGUAGUCGGCGCUUUAAAACUAGUCUAGAGGAGGGAACGGGAAAGGUCUUGUAGGUUGACUUAAACAUUACUAAAGGAUUCACGUGGAAAGCAGUUGUGUGUAAAUAAACCAUUGAGGAGCUGCAGGAUGAGACGUUGUCAUGACUCUGAGAUCCACUUUCGUUCUAAAUCCUGGAUUCAAGACCAGCGCUGACUCCACCGUCUUCGGUAACACGUUCAUCGGGGUCGCCACCGUGAGUCCUGUGCGCAUCAAAAGGGAGUUCGGCGACUUCGCCAUCGAUGUGCAAGACGUGCAACGGGGCGAGAUCCCAAGAAGCAGAUCCAAGAACUUAGAUCCGAAUUACAUGACAAGCAAAGCUGCCACACCUGCAGAAAUAAUUCAAGGUGACAAACCUGUGGGGGUAUUGACCCCUGUCACACCAAUGGGGGGUGAGGGAACCCCAGUGAAAGGUAAACCCCUCACUGUUGACAGUAUGGAGAACCCCCAGAUGGCUGUGAACAACAACCCUAAGGACGGUGGCGCUGAUGAUGGCGGAAAGGUGAUUGGCCCUGGAAUGCUUGGCACCGCUUCCAUUGAACUGUCCUCGGAGGGCAAAUGGAGGAACAUCAGGAAAACCCCUGCCAGUCCACACACACAAGCAAACUGCCUUCGCCAGAUCCUCCUCCUUCAACUGGACCUCAUAGAACAGCAGCAACAACAGCUGCAAUCAAAGGAUAAGGAGAUCGAUGAACUAAAAGCAGAUAAGGAAACGCUUCUUGCACGCAUUGAGCGAAUGGAACGCCGUCUCCAGCUCACAAGGAAGGAUGUUCCCCGUGACAAGCGCCUGUUUCAGCCUUUGGAGCCAUGGACUCCUGACAAAGAGGACAUAUGGGAUCUGGACAUUGAGGAAAAUCCACAGCCAAAUUCGGCCACACCCCUUCUAAUCAGUCGGGGCGGAAAGGGUCAAAAAAGGAAGUCUUGCUUUGGAGAUGCAAAAAUUCAGAAAUCUCGGGGGAAAAGUGCAAAACAUAGCCCCCAGAAAUCUGAGAAAGACUCUGGCUCUCCCAACCAAAGAGAGUUGCGCAGUAAAGAAACUCCAGAGAAGGCUUUCCCUUUGAGGUCAGAGGCAGAAAAGGACAGUUUGCUCCCAUGCAAAGAGGAGCCUGAGAUGAGCUGCCAGAUUGAAGAUCUGCCCUACAUGUCAACCACAGAGAUGUAUCUUUGUUGUUGGAACCAACCUCCUCUAUCUCCUUUGCAUGAGACUUCCCCCCAAAAGGAGGAAGAGGUGGCCAGUGAGUGGACUCCUCAUGUAGUACAUGAUAUGCUGAUUGUUUUUCCCUCUUGGAGGGAAAACCACAUUGAACCUUUAGCAGAGGACCCUUCUUUUGACCCUCCAGAGCUGAUGGACGACGGCACAUUUUUGAAACGCCACGCAAAGCUGGAGUUGGACGAGAAGAGAAGGAAAAGGUGGGAUAUUCAGCGAAUCAGAGAGCAGCGCAUGUUCCAGCGUUUGCAGCAACGAAUGAACAGGAAAAAAAAUGUCCAGGAGAUGGAGCCAGACUUGUCAUCAUUUUAUCCCGACACCGAAGACGUUGAAAGCAUAAUGAUCACUCCCUUUUUGCCUGUGGUUGCAUUUGGUCGUCCUUUGCCUAAACUUGCACAACAGAACUUUGAACUGCCUUGGCUGGACGAUCGAAGCCGAUGCCGAAUUGAGGUUCCCAAGAAACACACCCCUCACCGGACCUGCCGAAAGUGAAACUGGCCCAGGAUUAACGGCCAAAAGUUCCAACCCUAAAUUCGAAAAUUCUACCUUUGUCUUGUCUGAGGAGAUUGGGGCGUGUCACUUCAGCCUGUGGGAGUCUGGUCUUACCACCUGACCGCCUUCAGACUAUCAGGACAUUAUGGGGAAACAAAUUGAUGCUACCAGGUUACAGUUCCCAUGCUAGCAGUUGUUGUUCUGGUAGUUGUGUGCAUGUUCUGCAACAUGUUUGAGAUGUUUUGUUCAAGCUGUGCCAUGACAGAUGGAUUUUUUAUCACGCAAAGGUGGAGCUUUUGUCCAUUUUGAUGCAUAAUUUGUGGGCAGAAUGCACUGAGAGGUGUGGAGAAACCUUGAGCUUGGACUGUGUAUCAUAAGCAAUACAGACGCUUUGGUAAGUCUUGUGCUUUGACUUUCCCUGCUAUGUUCAAUUCCAAGUAUAACUCUUCAUACGGCUUUUACCGUUUGCUCACAAAUUAAAAAAAAGAGAUAUUUUCUUCAAUGUUAAGGGAAACAUUCUAAGAUUUCAACCAGUAUGAUUACACAGAAAACAUUUUGGUGUAAUGAAACCACAAACAUUUUAUUGAGUUUUUUUCCUAAAUAAAAACAAAGAAAUGGAAAAUCAGUCAGGUCUCAAACCAGGGUUAAAACCAUUGAUCUGUCCCGAUUUUUUUUCUUCUUCUGUUUGUUUAUUUUUGGGAAACUUGCAUGUACUCUAUAUACCUGUUGCAAAAAAUGAAAAUGAUCGCAUGGCCUCACAUUAGACUUGGCGAUAAGCUCUAUUUAUUGGGCUUCAAAAUCUACUAAACUGUAUCUUUAAAGCAUGAUUUCCGCAGCUCCAGCAGUCUGCUCAUCAAGUGGCGUAAAUGUUUUCAAUCCUAACAAUAUGCUAACAUUCACUAAAUAUUUGGCUAUAUUUGUUGGUCCCUUUCGUUGACUGAUGUUCAAAAGGGGACUUUAUAGAUGAAUAAUACGCUGUGUAGCUGUAGUCCUAGGAUCGCUCCGCUGUCCGCUCCUUCAGUGCUGCCGGUUCGUCUCUGAGCUGGUUCCAGUCCUGCAGUGACCGACGUCUGCAGGAGUUUGUUGUCGCCGCAUUUGCUCAGCCUGCAUAUGAUGCAAAGGCUUUCUGCAGCUUCGGGCCUCCAACUGCCCGGCAUCCGUCCAGGUUAAGUCUGGAAAUAUAAAAUGAUUUUGUUUUUUUCCUCCUCUGUACAUAGCUUUCAGCAAACAAAUGUACAUAAAACAUGGCUGUUAUUUUUUUAUUAUUUAAUGUUGAAAGUGUUGAGUACAUUUACAAUAGUUCUAUGAUUGUAUGUUGACAAAUGGACAGUUUUGAAACAUUCUUUUGGAAUAAAAUGAAUACGUCUAUCCUCUG